GUAUGUUUGUGUAUCUUAUCAUAACCUCAUUUUUAGUGAAGUUCGCCGAAUUGAGUUUAUUCGUUAACAUAAAAGUAACGAUCAAGUUAACUUUAUUAAGUGAAUUACUUGAGCAAUAGUGUUUUAUAUAGUUUUUUUAGCAAUUACAAAUUAAAUAGAAUGGCCGCAGUUGACGUAGUAAUAGAAGAAAAGAAAGAAGACGCAGUCGAUAGGCAGAGGGUGUGUCCGUUUCUUCUACGUGUUUUCUUAUCUACAACUGGUUAUCAUCACAAAAUCACUGAUUACAACAAAGGAAAUGUGCCAACCAAUGAACUACAAAUCUACACUUGGAAAGAUGCUACCUUGAAUGAACUGGCCCUUUUAGUUAAAGAAGUAAACCCAGAAGCUAGACGUAAAGGUACAAAAUUUAGUUUUGCCCUUAUUUAUCCAGAUAUGCGUGCACCAAUAUAUAGAAUGAGAGAAAUUGGUAGUACUACAUCUGGUCAGAAAGGUCCUGAUGAUUUAAAAACCCUUGCUCAAGCAAGAUCAUCAAUUGGCGACUAUAUGGACAUUGCAAUCACACCACCUGAUAAUUGGAGUUCUGGACCCAGAAAAGGGGGUUAUUCUCAGUAUAAUAAUAGAUCCAGACCAUACUGAUAUCUGCUAAAUUGACAAUUGAAAGACAAAAGACAAAUGAAACCCUCUUAUUAUGUGCAGGAUUCUUCUACUGUUUAGUCAAUAGCAUAUUAAAGAACUAAGAAAAAGUAAAAUUGUCCUAUGAAUCAAACGUAUCUUACUAUAGGAUUAAAUGCAUUUAUAUUUAACUAUUACUUUGUUGUAGAAACAAAACGACUUAUUAAAUAUUUCCUUUUAAAAACUAUUUUAAUAUGAAUUAAGUCGAUCUUGUUUAAACUGUAUUUAUAAUUUAAAUUUUAAUGUUUGUGGAUUAAUAUAAUAUAGCCAUCAGUC